AUGGCUGCAUUUCUAAUGUUUCAUCAUUUGGUGAGUUUUUAGUUUUUUUUUUGAAAAAAAAUGAGAAAAAAUUGGGUGAGUGAGUAAAAGUCUUGUUUGAACAAAACUUAUUAGGUAUUCAUUUGUUUUUCUUGAAAAAAAUUUCUAUACGUUUUGUCUUCUUCUGAAAAUAUACGAGGUCAAGGAAACCUUAUGGGACAUUUGUUUCAAUUUCAUUAGAAAAAACACAACUUUUCGGAUCAUAAGUGAAAUUAAUUCAAUAUCUUCUAAUUGAAUCUCUGAAAAAGUUGAAAUGAACACUUUUUUCAGUUUUUUGUCAAAUUUGAAGAAGCUUGUUCCUUUUCUUGAAAUUGAAAUGAAACCACUUGACCGAAUAAAAAAUAUACUUUCAUUUAUUAGAAAAAAACCGCCAACCAUGAAAUUAGAACAUUAAAAAUGCGGAAUCUUUUGAAUCCACCAAUUAAUAUUAAUAAUAGCAAAUUAUUCGGUGAAAAGUGAAACGUUUUUUUCUACCCAAAAGUAGAAGUUAUGCAAUAAAUAGAUCAUUUACCCCUCUUCUCAUCGUUUUUCUUAUUAUUAUUAAUAUUCAUUUUUUAUUUUUAUAUUCAUUUUCAUCUCAUAUUUUUCCUUCCGUCUGUCUAAUCGGUUCAUCAUUUUGACAAAGGUGUUUUCAUUUUAUUCAGCUGUCUGUCUACCUCUUUUCCGUUUUUCGAUGUUCAUCUAAAUGUUUUAAUUUUCUACAUGUUGUUCAACUUUUUUUCAUUUGGUUGAAAAGGAUGACUAAUUAGGAGCUGUUUGAUGGGAUAAUUGGAUUUGCCAACUGUCUGUUUGUGACUUUUCCAAUUUAUUUCUGUAUGUUGAAGAGGAAUUUGUGUUGUUCUGAUUUUAGUUUUUUUUGUGUGUUUUUAUCCAACUUAAAAUUUGAAGAGGGCAAGUGUUUUUUUGUUGAAUCUUGGUGCAAUAUUGAUAUUUAUUUUUUAGAACUUCUAAAUGUUAGAAAAAAUAUGAUUGUAUUCUUUCAAAAUUGAGCACUAUCGAGUCUCGAAUCAAUAAAAUAGAAAUGUUUAAAAAUUAACUUAGUGGGAUUAAUUUAUAUUCUUGAUUCUUCUAUCUUUCCAGCAUACUAUGAAAUUUAUCUGAAUGCAUUUCUGAACUUUUAAAAUUUUUCGUUCAAACAAAUCUUAUUUAUCUAUGCUAAUAAAAAUAAAAAGAAAGUCAAUAAUCAUAAAUCAAGAGUUUUCCCUUUUAUCAAUCCCGACUUUUUCUUUCAUUUCAAUAACCAAACAACUCAUCAUAUCUCAACUUUUGAAAAAAAGGGCAAUUCAAUUUGAUCAUCAUACAUUCAUUCAUUCAUCCAUUCUCAUCACUGCCGAUUGUCUUUUUUUAUUCUCGUUUUUCGGUAGGUCAACGCAAGAUUAAUAAUAUUCGACGAAUUUUAUAUAAAAUACGCACAUAUGAUGGUCAAAGUGAAAACGGUUCAUUGUGACCUUUUCUAUGUGUUUUUUGGCAUUAUAAAUGAAAAAAUAAACUUGAAUAAAGUGAGUGUGUGAAGAAAAGGAUGUUUACACAUUUUCUUAACCCAUCUUCGACCUUUUUUUCUUUUGCCUUAAUCGGUUGUUGUUCGAGCCUGACUUUUUUGCCCGUACUUUAUUCUUGCUGGAAUUUGUCUUGUUUGCACGUUCCUUACAUUUGUAGUCUCCAAAAAUAUGUUUGAUGUUGCACAAUUAUGACUCAUAUUUUUCUCUGAAAGUUUCAGUUUUUCUGAGUAUGAGAAAUAUAUUUAUUCACGUUUUUCAAAAAAUGCAAUGCUAAACAAUCAAAAAUUGUGAAAAUAACAUAAUUUUUGCUCAUGUUUUCGUUCCGUCGAUUUUCCCAAAGAUUGUGUCAGGAUUCAAAGAAAUAUUUGAAAAAUUUCGGUAUUACUCUCUAGUUGACUGAAAUAUAAUUUUUUCUUGAACUUCUCGCAUAAAUUUUCAUCUACGUGUUUUUCUAUAUUUUUCUUGAUUUUUUCUGAAUCUCAAAAUUUUAGACAGAUUAAAAAUAGAUUUUUUCUAUGAUGAUUCAUAGUUUCAUCAACAAUGAAUAAAUAACGAAAUUUUUUAACUUUUUGAUUUACUCAUUCUUGAUUUCGAGAAUUAUUGUUUUUUCUAAUGAAUAUUUAUUCAAUGAGAACUUUUGAUUUAAUUUCUGGUAGAAUCCGAAACUCAAACAAAUUUUCAUUGCACUUUUCAUUCAUUUUCAAAUUUCCGGAUUCUUACUCAUCUAUCUUCCUAUAUUUCUUUUUCCAUUGAACGAAACGAAAAAAUAAUCCAUGUCGAAACAUAUUUCUUUUUUGUUUCAUAUAUUUUUUGAUAGUAUAUAUGUAUUGAAAAGCGAAAAAUAAAACAAUAAAAAACGAUGCAAUUCGAUUUGAAAACGAGCAAGCAAUAUUUGCGCCUAGGAUUACAAGUCUUUGUCAGCAUCCUAGACAACCCGAAUUUGCAGUUUCUGCCCUGAUGACCACUGUUUUUUGCUGUCUACAUACAUGUAGUUUGAUUAGCGUGGCUUUUUUUUCAAAUUUAUUAGAAAUUUCUUAUUUUUUCAAAGAGAAACAAAAAAGAUGGCUUUUUGGCAGAUGUAUGUAUAGUUUUUUAAUACAAAAUGUAUCAUUUUGACUGAUUCAGCUGUCUUUCUUUCUUCAACUGUACACUUUUCGGACAUUCAAUUUUUUGUGAAUGUCAAUGUGACAUUUUAUGCUAAAUGUUUAGAAGAGAAAUUGUUGUCUUGAAAAUGAAAAAUCAGUUUCUUUUAACAAGCCUAAAUGUGGUUUGUGAUUAAUUUGUAAUUUUUCGAUUUUGGUAUGAGAAGAUUUAACUUUUGAUAUCCAGAAAAUUUGAAAGUGAAAAACUUUUUUUUCCAAAUUCAUUAUUAUUCUUUACAUAAUCUCUUGAUUUCUCAUAAAACUUUAGAUUCAACUUCUCAUCAAUUGCGUAUUACUUUCCAGUGUUAAUUUACCUUUAAUCCGAAUUGUUAUGAAAUUACUAAAUCUCCACAUAAAAAAAUAAAAGAAUGUUAAUUUCUAAUUAUCGUGUUUUUACAAAAAAACAUUUUUUAUAUUAACACCAUUAAUGAAAAAAAGACAGACUACGGUAAUUGGCCAUAUUAAAUUAUCCUAUAAAAUUAUCGAGAAAUCACCCAAAAAAAUGAAGACAUUCCUCAUUUUUCUCAUGUUAGACCAGUUCGAAGUCGAAGGCGGCACCACAAAAUGCGCAUAAAUAAAAUUCUUCUCUUGCCAUUCAAAGCAUUUUCUGUUCAUUACAACUGUUUAUUAUUCAAAGUACACAAUCAAAAGAAAAUGGUGAUUUUUUGAAUAUUUUACACAUAAUUAGAUUGAAUGUUUGUUCAUUGUUGUAAGAAAAAAGCUUUUUGGCAGGCAGGAAUUUAUCCAAAAUAUUUUACGCUUCAAUUGUUAUGUCGCUUAAUUUUUUCGUCAUAAUUAGCAGAUUUAUUAAACAAUUUUUUUAUUUCUUCCUACAUCAGUGGUAGAAUUUUUUUGCAAUUGAAUUGUCAAAAAAUUCUCAUAAACUUUUCAAUUUCUCCCGUCGCCCUAAUUGUUAUUGUUUAAUUAUGUCAUGUUGUGAUAACGCUUUGACUUUUCUCACUUUUUUGUGUUUGUGAUAGUAUUUAUCAUCGUCAAACUGAAAGUGAAACGAAACAAAACAACAAAAAAAGGUGGUUUUUUCGACUAACUAUAUAUUAUUUCUAUUAGUACUAGGCUUCAAAAAAAAAUAAAAUAAAACAAAAUGGUGAGAAAUAAGUGUCCAGAAAAUUUCCUACAGAUCAGAUAACAACUUUUUUUUCAAACAAAAUGCUAACUUUGUGUAAUAACAAAAAAAUGUGACUCAUCUGACGAUGGACAGCUUUUUACUUAUAGUCAAUAUAUAUUUUUCUACUGAUGUUUCCCAUUAAACUCAAUUUUGAUGAAUUGAUUCUAGUAAUUUAUAUAGUUUGUUAUUCAUAAAGAAAAAAUAACGGGAAUCGAAUCGACUAUUUGUACUAGUAAUUCAUUCAUAUCUUCAUUAUUAUCUCACCCACCUGAUAUUUUUCUUUUUCUUCUUUUUUUCUGUGUUUUUUCGCUGUUCCAAAUAUCAUCCGUGAAAGUACAAACUUUUGAAGGACAUAUUCUUUAUCAGAAAUGCAGAUAUUCAAAAAAAGUACAUUUAUUUCCGUAUUUCUGUCUAUAGUUUCAUUUUUCAUACACAAAUACAAAACUUCCUGAAAUGACCAGUUUUGGUUAUUUUUACAUUUUUCUAAAAACCGUCAUCAUUUCUGGAUUAAGGUUACUAUGAAAAAAUACAUAGUCUCUUAAUUUUCAUUGGAACAUGACUGGUUGUAUUAGUUUUUUAACCUCUCAACUUUUGUGUCAUCAAACUAUAAGUAAAUAAUAUUUGACUGUCUGUAUGUAUCUAACAUGAAAGCUAGAUUUUUUUUAACUAGGGGGUUCAAUAUUUUUAUUUUAGUUUUUUUAGUUUACCAAGAUUUUUUUGCAUUUUUUAUAGUGGGAAACAGUUUUUGUUUUUGGAAAAAAUGGAGGAAUAUGUUUUAUUUAUUUAUGUAUUUGUUUUGUUUAUGAUUGGGUCGUCGCCGCUUUCUUUUUGUGAAAAAAACAAAUUGGACUUUUAGGAAGGGCAUCUUUCUAGAAACAAGCAUUUCUUAAUUUUGAGAAAUUUUUGGUCACGAGAUAAAUUCCGAAAAUUCAGAAAUGUGAGAGUUAUAGUUUCUGACAGAAUCGAGGAUAUUUAGAAAAAUAAGUGUGUUCUGAAUUAAAGUUUUCCAACUGCGUUAAUUUUGAUAUUUGAAAUAUAUGUUUUUGAUGAACUUCUGUUAAAAAAUUAUUUGCAAAGUUUUUUGUUAACUUGAAAACCGAUUUAUCUUUUCAGAGGCCAGUACUUCGUUUAAAACCAAAGAUUCUUUUUUUUCAGACCCUUUCUCUCAUUUUUUAAAACGAAUAAUUCUCUUUUUUUUUUUUGAAAAAAAUAAUAAACCGUUCAAAGUUUUUAUUUGCCAUUUUCCCCAUUCAAUAAUUUCCUAUAGAAAAAUGUAAAAACAAAUGUUGCAUGAUUCAUAUUUUAUUUUUACACGAACAAAAAUGUUCCCAUUUCUUUUCUAAAAACUCUCCAAGGUCACAUACAUAACUCGAUUUGUAGAGUCGGAGUUUGUUUUUGCACUUGAUGCAAGUAAUACGCAACCUUCUGUGCAUAACAACAACAAAUAAUAACUUCUUCCUAUUUUUGACUAACUUAUAUGCAUACUUAUUUACCCAAACAUAACCAAAUUGAACCGAACCGAAAGGCAACCAACAGCGUGCCCUCUCUUUUUUUCUUUCGACACUGUAAGAAGAUGUGAUAAGUACCUCUACCCGGUCUCUCUAUAUAUUUAUACGUAUAUUUGCAUAUUCUUCCUCCCAAUUUUCCCACCUUUAUCCAUCUCUGACCGUUUUUCUUGUUUAUUAUAUUAUUCUUAUUUUUGUUAUCAUAUAGAUAUCGUUGCCUUCCUAUCGUUUUGUUGUUUUAUCGGGAGCUCGGUGUGAAAAAAAAGGUGAGAGAAAUUGAGAAAUACGGAAAAUUAUAUAUGUGUGUGUGUGUGUCGGCGAGCGAAAAGUGCCAAAUUGCCCAUUAUCCGAUUAAUUUCGCACAUUAUUAAGUCUUGUUCCGGAAUCAUGCGUUUUGACGUGACAGUUUUUGCCCAAGAUUUUCUUCGAAAAAGUUCUUUUUUUUUCUUGAAAAAUUUUUGUCUUGUUGACAUUAUUAAUUGUUGUGUGCCUGGCUGGUAUCAUGUUUAUUAUUUGAUUUUUAGUUAGUGACUCAGUUUUUUCUGGGUUUGGCACUUGACUCUCUCUUGUUUCUUUUUAUUAUUUUUUCGUUCUACAAUUUUGAAGCUCGGAUUUUGAGAAGAAACGCUGUAGCCUCUGAAAAUGUUUAAUUCUCAACAAAAGCUAAAGAAACUCAUAAAAGUUACCCAGCUUACCUUAAUUUUCUGAAAUAUUUUUCUCUUGGUAAUCUUCAAAAGUUUUUGUCUUUUUCCAGUUACAUGAGAUGUAUGAAAUUUUUCCUAUGUCGGCCCGCUCUCUUUUGAAAUGACAGUACAUCAAAAAUCUGGCUGAUCUUUUCUUCUCCAAAGUUUUAUCAAUGUUCCAAGUACACUUCACCCAUUUUUUGACCAGUAGAACCAAUUUUAUCUUCUCAAUUACGAGAAAAAUCGAAUCAAAUUUAACAAAACUGACUGUUUUCUAUUUCAAUUUCAGUUUCUUACCGCGCGGCAUCCUUCUUUCAAACAAUUUGAUUUAUUUCGCUCCAUGAAAAUGGCCAAAAAAAUGUGUUUUCUGUAGCGCGAUAUUGAUUUAGAUCACUGUUAUUUUGUUCUACAUUUAUCCUAUGAUAACAGUAAAACAUUCAAAAAAGAGAUGAUUUAAAAAAAAAACAACUUUUUUCUUUGUUGGUUCUUGCGUAAUUUAUUAGCCUUUGUGUCAGUCACAAAAAUCAUUCACAUUUACAUUUUAUUUCAAAAGAACGAGGAGUGUUUCAAAAAAGAAUGUCUCAAUUUAAAAAUACCAAAAUACCGGAAAUGACUAUAGAAUAUCUAUCAUAUGACUAUUGUGUUUACCACAAACUUAUUUGAUAAAUAAAAAAGGUACAUAUCUUAUUAAAUAAUUAAAAAUAAUCUUCAAUCUCCUAAAAACUGAAAUGAAAUAAUAUAUUGUCUUUUUUUAUCCAAUUUUAUAUCAUCAUAUCAUGAAAGUGUUGCACUAUUCUAUUCUGUUGUUCUAUCUAAUAUAUUAUUAACAUUUAUUAGACUAUUAUUAUUAUUAUUAUGAUUCUCCUUUUUCUGCUUUUCUUCUUCUCUUUUUUUGACAUUCGUUAUAUAUCAUGUUCAUUGCCAAGUUUUUUAUUUGAUUUUAUUAUGAUUAUUGUUACACAUUUUUAAUAAUGUCUGGACUGAUUUCGAAAAUUUCAAUCAAAGCAAAACAAAAAAACGUGACCUCUGUCUGAAAAAAUUAUUUAUUUUCAAAUAAUUUAUGAUGAUUUCAUUAUGAUUUCAUCAAAUUGGUCAAACUUCUCUUCCAUUACACUAGAGAGAAAAUACCAAUUAUUAGUAACUUGUCAAUUUAAUAUCAAAAAAAUAUAGACACUCUAUCAGUUCCUGGUUCAAGUGUCUCUUUUUCCUUAUUACACCCCAUUCCACUGCUUCAAUCAUUUAUCAUAACUUUAUCACAAUGUGUCAAAUUGAAUCUCAUAAUUUUUUAUUUCCUAUUUUCUAUUUUUGUUUCAGAUUCGAAUGCCGACGUGGGUGGUCGUGAUGUUGGCGGUUAUCGCCGGAAUUUUGGCGGUUCUUCUUAUUUUCAUUUUAUUCUUCUGUUUUCGAUCAAAGGAUAAGAAGCAGCCACCAUCACCAGCUGAACCAAAUCGACGAAUUCCAGCCAGACAAGAAAGCAGUAAGUUUUUUCUAGAAAUUGGCUUAAAUUAAAAGAAAUGUUUAGCCAUUGGAAUUCGACCAAAAAUCACAAAUCCCAUUUACACAAUCAAUGCAAAUCGCUUAGAAAAAGAGAACAGUCGCAUCGCUGACACAUUGACAACUAGAAAAUGUAAGUUUUAUUAUAAUAAAAAAAGUUUUGGAAACUUUUUUUGGAUGUAGUUUGGUAGACUUGAAUAAUUUUAGAAUGAGGUUGAAAUGCAUAUAUUCCAAGGAUUUUUUCGAUUUACAAUUCCAGAGAUUACAGAAAAAAACUGUAUGUUUUCAGUGUCAAUGAUGUUCGAUUCGAAGAAACGCUUCUCCACUGCUUUUUCACACAAAUCUGCCUAUUUCGAUUUUGAAAAUUCACCACUUCCAAGACACAAGGAAUAUUUGGAUUUCAAUGAUAUCGAAAAUAUGAUUCCAGCCAAAAAAGCACAUUCCAGCCCAGAUAGACCGAGUUUGGAUUUUUUGAACGAGAUUCGCGGUAAGUUGCAAAACAAAGCAAUUUGGAUUGGAAAAACUUUUACUUGAUUUUCUGAAAAAAAUUCUGAAUUCUAAACAAAAAAUUAUUCAAUGACCCCUAACUUUAAACCAUUUUAGUUACAACAGCUUUUUGGUACAAUUUUGAAAAACAGUGUCAUCAUUCCCAGUUUCUGCAAUUUUUGUGAUGUUUUUCGAGAAAUUAACAUGAUAAACCAUUUUGAAAAUUCGAUUAAUUGGAAUUUCAAAUUUCGUUUAACAACAAAUUAAUAAAUUUUGUAAUACGAUACCGCAAAAUAAUCAAAUCAAUUUCAAAAAAUCAAUCGAAAACUGUUUUUGUUUCCAGAAGCUCACUCAAACACCAAGAAAGCUUCAACAUCAUCUACAGUUGAGACAACAGCAUCUUCCUCUUCAACCUCUUCAAAAGAAUCUGAGCCAAAAAUUUUAUCUGAAGAUGAGUUCAACAAAUCAUCAACCAGGCCUGUCUAUGUUAAUUAG